UCUGGGUUUACGUGGAAUUGCAGUUUCAGAACGAUUGUUAAAAUAAAAGUUAGAGUUUUGUGAUAGUCUAAUCUGCUCAACAAUUUCGUAAUAAAACCUAACUACGCCGGUUCGAGGCUGAAAUGACCGAAUAUUGUAGUAUAUUAAUAUGUCGGGUUGGUAUUGGCGAGUGAUCGCACUGAAAGCAGCUUUUGUGCUCAGUUAUUGUGCUUCUUAUCUUCGCGCUGAUGAUAAUAUACAAAAGUUACCGUUCUGCAAUCCAGCAAACAGCGGAGUGAGCAACGAUUUGGUUAUUGUGAGCACAAUAGACGGUCGAUUGACUGCAUUUGCAACUCACAAUGGAAUGAAAGCUUGGCACAUUGAAACUCAACCACUUCUGUCAUCCAAUCUACAUCAUGUUGAGCUCACUGCGGGCGGUAAGUGGGUGCGUUUGGUACCCUCUCUGCGAGGUACCCUCUAUAGCCUCAGCGGGGACACCGUUGAACCUCUGCCUGUCGAUGCGGAACAGCUCCUCUCUUCCUCCUUCAAAUACUCUGAUGACUUAGUUAUAGCCGGCGCUCGUGAGACGCUAUGGCUAGGAGUGGACGCGAAUACAGGUGGAGUGCUUUACGAGUGCGGCACCUCAGGGUGUUCAAGUGAACAGCAGACGGCGGGUGCGGGCCGCGAUGUGCUCAUGCUAAGGAGACACUCCAACACUGUGCGCGCGCUUGACCCGCGUUCAGGCACUGAAAAGUGGAACUUUAGCGUGGCCGAGCAUCAACUCGCUGUAAGCCGUCGGGAGUGCGUGGGCACAAAGCCUGGCCCACCGAAUGUGGCCGUCGCCGUGGCCAUCGCACUACCCGAGGGCGUGCUCGCCAUCACGCGUCCUGGUGAAAGACAACCCCUUUGGCAGCAACAGCUGGACGCACCGAUAGCGGCAAUGUGGCGUUUAUGCAGCGGUUCUCUGCAGCACAUUGACGUGCUAUGGGAGGCGACGCGAUCGCUCGUAGAUAGAGAAAUGACAGCCCCGCCGUCGCUUUACAUCGGCGUACAUGACCACCAGCUCUACAUACAGGAGAGUACGUUUUACGCUCAGAAGUUGGAGACGGCAGUGGUUGCGAAGCGCGUUCCGUGGAAAUUGGUCACCAGUCGGCCAUUGCUGGACGGUGGUGGAGACACGGCACUAUCUUCUCUGCAGAAUUCAGACCCUAAUACACUUUCCCUUAUUACUCUCUAUGGGAACACGGGACAGACAGGAAACCACGGAUUUUUCUUAUACUUGCAUGAAACGUGUGAUCAAGCGGUACAAGUGAGCGAAGACGCGCUAGACGAAAUACCAGAAAUUGCUCAGCCAAACAGCAGCGGCGAUCAUAGUGACGGCGCCCACCACGUUCACAUACACGUGUACUCCCUCUGGUUCUGGUGGAAGGAAGUAUUACUAAUAACAAUCAGCUCCGCUUUGUUGAUGAAUCUGAUGAUUUGGCCGAGAUUUUUUGCGCCCAAAGUAAGUUCGUCUUCGCCCCUACCCAUGAAGCAGGAGGUUGUCGUCCUGGAGAAUCACUACGGGAGACAUAUGUCGAACAGUUCCAACGAUCUUUCGAGCCGGUUCGAGAAUGAUUUUGAGCCAUUGCGGUGCUUGGGAAAAGGCGGCUUCGGAGUCGUGUUCGAGGCGAGAAACAAUAUUGACGACCGCCAUUAUGCGGUGAAGAGGAUCACUUUGCCGAAACAGGCGGAGAAACGCAACCGCGUACUGCGCGAAGUCAAAGCGCUGGCGCAGCUGGACCACGAGCACAUCGUGCGGUACUUCAACGCCUGGGUCGAGGAACCACCGCCGCAGCGCCAGCAGCAGCGCGACGCCGAGUGGGUCAAGAAACUGGAAGGCGGCAGCGCGUUGCGUUCCGAGGAAUGGACAGUUGUCCAUUCGUCGGGCGGCGUAGUUACGCCGGCGUCGCUGGUCAAAAAGCGGGACACGCGCAAGCCUGAUAGUGUACUACUAAAUAUGCAGAGACCAAUAGACGACUGCUUCGCUACUGGCGAGAAAGGAACAGACCACUACCAGAGGCAGAGAUCUCUGAGCUACACGGACAGCUGUGGAUCAUUGGCGGUGACCAGCGCAGGUCACUCGACGACCAACGCCAGUACCGACCAUCGCACCAAUAACAUCUACACUCGUUCGAAAACUACGCAGGAUGAGGAUUCCUACAUCGUAUUCGAGGAGUCGAAACUCUCCGAGGCUCGCAACCCUUCAGACAAGGCUCUUGAAAGAGUACUUAAUCUUAGCUGCCCGAAGAGUGAAACGAAUGCUAAGAAGAAAAAGAAAGGGCACACUCGUCACUGGUCUCUGGACAUGGUGGUCCGCGAUUCGCCGGUGCCCGAAGAACCUGCCACCUUGAUGUAUCUUUACAUCCAAAUGCAGCUCUGUAAGCGAGACAGCCUCUAUCACUGGCUGCUGCUUCAUAAUACCUGGGAGUCUAGAGGGGAUGAGGUGGUGAGGUCCUUGUUUAGCCAAAUAGUAUCGGCGGUGGAGUACGUGCACAGCAACAAGCUGAUACAUCGCGACCUUAAGCCGCGGAAUAUUCUGUUCUCGCUUGACGGACGGGUGAAGGUAGGGGACUUCGGCCUGGUCACCACUAUGGGAGACUGCGCCUCCGAUGGUCCAGAACCUGCUCACUAUCACUCGCACCAACACGUGCAUACUAAAAGCGUUGGGACCAAGCUGUACAUGUCACCGGAACAGCGUCGCGGCGACCGUAACUACGACUUCAAAGUGGACAUCUAUUCGUUGGGCCUGAUCCUCUUCGAGUUCUACUACCCGUUCAGCUCCGAGCACGAACGGGUCAAAUGCUUGAACCAGGUCCGCGAUGGAAUCUAUCCGAAGCAAUUCCACAAAAGUCAUCCUGAAGAGAUGGAGGUGCUAAAGCUGAUGUUAAGCGAGGACCCAUCGCUGCGUCCGACGGCCGCUGAACUGCGGACUCGACCGCCACUAUACGAACACCCGAUCGUCCCUCCUUGCGCCGUGGUGACCACUUAGCGGCAAACUAAUGUACACCUAGACAGUACAUUCAAGCAUUUUAAAUCACACGCGUGUUAAUAAUCGUUUAGGCCCGGCGCCCACAAACGGGACGGCACGGGACUGCAAGGGAUUUUUAGGUAACGAAUAAUAAUAUACCUUAGGAUUAUGACAGUAUAGUUGAUAAUUAUCGUAGCUGCAAAAUAAAGCUGCGGUAUGCUUAGGGAAGCUUCGGAAG